AUGGCGACUCAGUCUUACGUUAAGGGGGAGGUCGUGGAAGUGUGGAGCAACUCCCUGAAAUCUUGGAUUUCUGAUGCUGUGGUCUUGGAGGCUCCGGACCGGGACUGCGUCAUAGAUGGCUACGCAAUUCCUGCGGGUGCCGUCAAGGUGACGUCUUCUGCUGGGACGAAGUGGAUCCUGCCAGACCAAGUACCUUCUGCGCUUCGGAAGGUCCAGGGCGGCGACGUCCCGCCCUCCGAACCUCACUUGCCACCUCUGCCAGGUGCGAAGCCGGCGGAAGCGGCUAAACAGCAACCUGGCAUGUGCAAGAUGGGAUGCGGUCGCCCAGUGCAGCCGGGCCUCACAAGAGGCAUGAAGGCUUUUGACACCUGUUGCAAAAAGUGUGCACAGGGAAAGGGUGGUCACGAUUCCAAUUGCGGAGGUAGCACAGCAAAGCCUCUUGCAAGGUCGAUCACCACUGAAAUCGAAGACCCGCAAACUUGGUUGCUCGACCUGCUGUCUUCUGCGGACAGUUUCAACAAGUACUCCAGCAAGAUUGUAGCCACUGUCUCUGGAGAUGCCGGCACACUCAGCGCAGCGCAAGCGCAAGACGCAGUCUCGAAGCGCUUGCUGCGACCUAUUGGUACAACCCUUCCGGUGGAAAUGCGUGCUGCAGAGGAUUGGGUCAGCAGACAUGGCAAGGACGGAGUCUUGGAUGUCCCAGCUUUCGCGAAGCUGGCACAUCAGAUUCUGCAGGAUCGAGUGCAAGCUUGGUUCCCUGAGAAGCUGGUGGCGAAGACCCACAGCUUCGUCCGCCAGAACCCUGCACGUGUUGAAGCUGUUUACGAGGUCGGCAAGCUCCUGGGCGAAGGAAGCUUCGGAAAGGUUUACACGGUGCAGCAUCGCAUUUCGGGUGAGUCCAGAGUGUGCAAGAAAAUUGCAAAGCUUAAGGGUAAGGAGGGUAUGAAAGUGGAAGAGAUUCUACAAGAGAUUGAGAGCAUGGCCACACUUGACCACCCGAAUGUCAUCAAAGUCUACGAGUAUUUCCAAGAUAGGGACAGCGUGUCUCAGAUCAUGGAACCCUGCUAUGGUGGGGAGCUACAAGAUCGGAUCAACGAAGUCUUCCAAAAAGGCAAACCUUGUUACUCAGAGGAGUUCGUGUGUGAUGUCAUGAAGCAAACCUUGCGAGCGCUGGCCUUCAUGCACAGCCAUAACUUCAUGCACAAAGACCUCAAGCCACAGAACAUCAUGCUUGUCAGCAAGGAUUCAGCUUCAAUCAAGGUUAUCGAUUUUGGUCUGGCUGAGCUAUUCGAGCCAGACCAGAAACAUUCCGAUGCUUUUGGCGGCACGCUUCUGUACAUGGCUCCAGAAGUCUUCAGGCUCAAGUUGGAGUUCAAGUCGGAUAUUUGGAGUGCCGGAGUCAUUCAUUAUAACCUGAUGACGGGAGACUACCCGUUUAUGGCAGCAUGGCCUUUGCCGAAAGGUAAGACCAUGGAAUGGUGGCAGACAGAGCUCACACGAUCAAUCUGUGAAGACAACUUCCGGGACAACAAGCACUUGAAGACAUGGACCCCGGAAAGCAGAGACCUGAUGCGCCAGAUGCUGGAGAAGAGCGUAAGCAAGAGACCCGAUGCAGCUGCAUGCUUGGAGCAUGCAUGGUUCAAGAAGCACGAGACCGCUCCCCCUCCUCUCUCUGUUGGCAUUACGCAAUGCUUGGAUGCGUAUGCAGGGCAGCCAGAGUUGAAAAAGGCUGUCUUCCUUCUCAUCGCCCAUAUGUGCACUGCACCUGCAUUGAGUGAGCUGCGUGCCAUCUUCACCCACUUCGACACCCUGAAUCAGGGAUGUUUGGUAUCAUCUGACUUUCGGGAUGUCCUGUACAAGUCUGGAAUGUCGCCCCUGCAAGUCGAACGCAUAGUACAUGCGCUGGAUCAGGAUCGCAGCGGGACGGUGACGUGGACGGAGUUCAUUGCGGGAGCUUUGUGCGUCAGUGUUUGUGGCAACAAGCGGUUGGUAGAAGCUGCUUUCGCCGUUUUCGACAAAGACGCUGACGGCAAGGUUUCCCAGACUGAUUUUGAAGACAUGUUUGCGAAAGGCGAUGUGGAGUCCUUGUGGAGAAAACAUUUGCCACGCGAGCUGCAGUUCAUGGGCGAUGCUGGCGCUGACGGAAAAUACCUGAAGGAGCAGUUCGUGCAGUACAUGGGGAGGAGAAUGCAAGUUACUUCAGGCCAGUAUGGAACCGCGUAUCUCGUGUCCUGGGACGAGGAGAAGUGUGGAGAAGAGCGAAAGGGCCAGUACAAAGAUGGAGACCAGGCUGUCGCCAAAGUGGUGGGGCUCGAGUUCCUUCCGGAGAAGGAGCACAACUUCGCCUUCCAGGAAGUGGAGCUCAUGAGGGCUCUGCACCAUCCGCACAUCGUGGCACUCCGAGACCAUUUUCUGACAGAGGCCAGCUUAGAGCUCGUCAUAGUCAUGGAGUUCUGCGACAGCGGGGACCUCCGAGGGGAGGUAAAGCGACGCACACAGGCGAAGCCACCCAAUCUACUUCCAGAAGCCACAAUCAUGACUUGGUUCGUGCAGAUGACACUAGCGCUCAACUACAUGCAUCAGCGGCACAUCCUUCACAGAGAUCUCAAAAGUUCCAAUGUUUUCCUGACAACCGCACCAUCUGGAAACGGCGACUAUGAUGUCCGGAUUGGGGAUUUCGGCAUCUCCCGUGUCCUGGAGGGCACAGUCGACGUUGCGGCAACAGUCGUCGGGACACCGUACUACAUGUCUCCCGAGGUCUGCAAGGCUGAGCCGUAUGGUUACAAGAGCGACAUAUGGGCCCUGGGCUGCGUGCUUUACGAAAUGUGUAUGUUGAAGCACGCCUUCGAAAGCCAGUCGCUGCUUGGCCUCGUGUACAAAAUCGUCAGCGAGACGUAUGAACCCAUCCCUCCUCAGUACAGCGCAGACUUGCGCACUCUUCUGGAUGACAUACUCGAGAAGUCCUCAAGCAAGAGGCCGAGUGGCCAAGAGUUGAUUGCAAGGGCUUACGUUCGGCGAUUCGAUGCACCCGGGCAAGCCGACAAGGAUGCAAAAGAAGCCCGCACAGGGAAAGGCUCCAAGGAGACUACAGAGCCAAAGGCAGCUCCAAAGCCACCGGUCAAGUCUACCAUCGAGAACUUAAAGAGAGUUGAGCCAGAACCUGUGCAGCCCAUUAUUGAGGAUCAGCCUGUUCGGCGAGAAUGGCACGCACCGCCUUUCGUUUCGACACCAGCACCGCAGCAUACGCUGGCGGAGGGCGAGCUCAGGGUGCGAGUACUGCUCAGCCGAGUGCGCAGGGGCCUGUCGGCCCGUCGACAGAACUGGCUUCAGGUCUUCGCCAGCUUCGAUAGGAAAGGCGAUGGGCAGCUAAAGGAAGCUGAGUUCGAGCGGGCCGUCACUUCCAUGGCUCUUGGGCUCAGUGACCAAGAAAUUCGCGAGGUCCGGAUCUUUUUGCAGGGUGCGUCCAGCCAUGUGCCUGUGGACCUGUUCGGUGACGCACUACACCGAAAUUUUCCGGAGGUGCAGCACUUGGAGGACUGGGCGAAGCUGCUGCUGAGCGAACUUGCGCAGAAGGCCAUGACCGAGGACGACGCCAAAGCUCGAGAUGUGUAUCCUGGAGCUCAGGUACGAAUUCACAGCCUGCAGAGCGCCAUGGGUGCAAAGCUGAAUGGGUGUGAAGGCAUUGUGGAGACGUGGAAUGCUGCAACUUGCCGCUGGAAUGUCCGGAUUGCAGGAGUUGGUGUCAAGUCCAUUCGCGACGAGCACCUUGAGCAGCUCAAUCCUGGUGCAUUCGGCGCACCAAAAAUGCCUGCAUCUUCCACAGGCACUGAUACGAUAGCAAUAUAUCGGCUUCUUUGCAAAGACGGUGUUACUGCAGUUCAUGAGAGCGACUUCCAAGCGGUCGUGCAGCGUCUUCUCCCUCAAAGUGAAGAGCAGCACAAGAAGCUCCUGUGGCUGCUGCCAAAGUGCCCUGAUGGCAAAGUGGACGUUCCCGAGGCCCUGUCACAGCUGGAGAAAGGAUUCGAUCAGACUACGCAAACCGGUGCAACUUUGGCGGGAGGAGUGGGACGAGCGCCUGUUGGAGCGGGUGGUCCACCUGUGCCGUUGGUUCCUGGUCCACUGAACCCGGCACAAGGAGGGCGUCCUCGCAACACUGGGCUAAGAGGGCCGGGCGGCUUGCCCUCUCCCAUGGCCCCGAACCCAGUCGGUCAGCCUGCCGCACCAGCAGGAGGAACGGCAGCCGGGCAGACUUCAAAUCCGCAGAACGGUGGCACAGGCCGUGCAGAGGCUGCGCUCCUCCGACUGUCGCAACACCUGUUGGGCCGUGCGCGGGCUCCCGGCCCGGGAGUAGAUGUGCUGCGCCUUUUCGCGCGCAGCCCUGAUGUCACAACUCUUGAGGAAGUCAUGGAAGCUGUCAGUGUGUUGCCACUGGGCAUAUCCCGAGCAGAAGUACAGCCCAUCUUUGCUCAUAUUCGUGGUUUGGGUGCCGGAACAUUGCCCCUAUCACAGCUCGCAACUGCGGCAGAGGCAGCCUGUGCUAUGGGAGUUCCAGCAGAGGCUGCUGGCAUUGAACAGAUUGAUCCGAAACGACUGGGCCCUGCGUUGCAGCGGCUUGGCUCACGGGCUUCACAACAAGAGUUCCGAGUGGCUCUGAUGCAGGCCGAGCCGUACAUGACGCACAAUCAGAUGGAGUGGCUAUCCGAGCUUACAGAUAAGGAUGGUGAAGGGCGAUUACUGCCAAACACCUUGCUGCCAAGGCUUGGGCUCACUGCACUUCCAAGCAGGGCAGAUCCCCUAUCGUGGAGCAAUGUCCCGCCUCGCCCUGCGAUGAACCCUCCAAGGCGAACUUCUGUUGCACACAGUGCCCCGCAAGUUUUAGUGGUUUCCGCCCUACUUUGGCGAGUUCGGCAGCGGCUCUUCAUGGCAGGAUCAAAGAUCACACUUGGCUCAUUACUGGGUUUGUUCGAUCUCGCGGACGGAUCCAGUCGACAGCAGGCUGAGGCUGCGUUGGUCAGUCGAGACCUGCUUGGGAGCCUUUUAGGGCACCUGCGGCUUGGCAUAUCUGUGGAGGAGGCCGACGAGUUGCUUUCAGCAAUAGCAGCCAGUGCUGGCAAGCGCUCUGGAGGAUCCGGGACUGUCCAAAUGGCUUUGCUGUACGACAUGAUAGAUCGUGCGGGUCAGCCGGAGAUGGAAAGUUUAGUGGUUGAGCUCCGAGAAGCUGCAAGACAGCGACUUUGGGGAAAGGGAUCCUGCAUCAUGAGUGCUGCUGGUUCAGCAGCUGAUGAUUGGCUCCCAGAGGCAGACUUCAGGAGAGGCUUGAAAGUUGCCAUGGCAGAGAUAUGGGCCGUGCCCGGAUCACUGCCAGAGGACGACGAGGAUCGUUUGGUUCUGCUAGCGGAAAAGGAUGCAGAAGGUCGUGUUCUGUGGCGACCAUUCGUCCAGGCAUUCUGCAGCUGGCCGGAUUUGGACCAAGUCAGUGAAGUCACAGAGGAUGUGCCGCCGUCGCCAGCAGUCAAAACCAAAGCCCGGUCACCGUCACCAGCAGCGGCCACUACGAGCACCACUGCAGCUGCGACACAACAAAGUUGGAGAUCGCAAAAGGCUGCUCAAAAAGAAGGACGAGGAGUCAUAUCUGCCGCCGGCAAAGCUGGGCCAGCAAACCCACCGCUUUCCCCACAAAACCAAAAACGUGGUUUUUGUUGCUUCCGCCGUCGAAGUUUGUGA